AUGGCAGCACACGACCCCCGCUUGCUCUACAGUGUCAACAAUAUUCGUGCUUUCCACCUACAAGAUGGCGAAGAGCAGGAUCUCACGCCGUCGGGCCCUCAGACCCUCUCCUUGCUAAUGGUCCCAACGAGUACCACAGGUGGGGAUUCUGGCACCGAGUCGCCAGAAGAGGACUUCUACCUUCAUCUUUAUCUCCCACCUGAGCUGGACCUUGCUCUACCGGCGACCACCCAGAUCUUCCAUCAGCCCCCAGACAGUUAUCUUAUCCCCCGAUGGGAUAUGGGACCGGACGCUGGCGCCUUUAUUCGGAUCCAAUUCCCGGGCAUUGGCUCUGGAUCUGGCAACGUAACGCAGGAUGAUAUCGAUACAUUCGAAACUAUUCUUGCGCAGUGCACUGCCUUCCUUGAACGAGCCCCUCCUCCCAAGUCGCAAGACUUUGCGGCUUAUAACCCCGCAGACUACGGUCCUGGCCAGGGAUACGUUGGGUCGGACUCGAAGAAUGCAGAUUCGCACGGAAGAAUCGUAUUGGUUGAUGAAGAGGACGGCAGCGUCGUCGGAGAGCUGGGAGAUGGUUAUAACGUGGUGGAGGAUUCGGAUGUCAAGCCUGGUUCGAAGAGACCCGUAGGAAUUGAGCUUCCCGCCGAGGGUGAAGGUAACCAAGUCAGUGUCAGCAAUGUCUCUGAAGAAUACCUGGCCAUGGCCCGUCACCCCGCAUACAAGAACUCGACCAUUGUCCAAACAUCUGCAACAGCAUCGCGCUUGAUUGUCACUGGAUCAUCCUAUUUGGCAGGCGCCAUCGCCAACGGCGCACAGAGCUUCCAACAGAGGACCAAGCCCAACCCCAAGCCUCUAACCUUCUCCGACUCUACUCACGCUCGCAUGCGCAAGGUCGGCACCUUCUCCCAUGGUGCUGCAGACUUGUCGGCUCGCACCGUGGGACAGGUUGGCAAGGUCGCCCAAAACCUCGGCGCGUCUUUGGCGCGUAAACAGGAUUCCGGUCGGCGCAAAGGCUUCGACAAGAGCAACCCCCCGCCGGAUUACAAGCCAGGUGUGAUGAACAAGUCUAUGAUUGCGUUCUCGACCAUUGCCGAUGGUAUCGAGCAGAGCGCCCGCAACAUGCUUUUCUCCGGCGCAUCUGCCGCGAGCUCCAUGAUUGAUCACCGCUACGGAACCGAGGCCGGCAACGUCGCGACUAAUCUCACGGGUGGGAUCAAAAAUGUCGGGUUGGUGUAUAUUGACGCUACGGGGGUCAGUCGGCGCGCGCUUCUGAAAUCGGUGGCCAAGGGUAUGGUGGUGGGUAAAAUGCGCGACGGUCAGCAAGUCGUCGUUGGCGGAGGUGACGGCGGGCAAGUUCCAGUCGACGGUCCGUCUCGCCUGAGUGACCCCGUUCGCCCUGGCCCCACACCGCCUCCCGCCUACGGCGCAUCGGGGACCAUGUCCCUAGAUGGAGCGAGCCCCCAUGUUAGGGGCUAA